GCACCACACGGUCUGUUCAGUCUCGAUCUCGGUGGCGGGACGAUCAUGACUGCACAGGCAGAUGGCAGAAUCAGGGGACACCGCUCCCGCCACGUGACUCGGACUUGUCUUGUCCGUGUCUCGCAGAUUGUAGUACAGAGUAUACCCUACACUACUACUGCUAUUCGAAAAGCAAGCUUGCGACACUGCACGUCAUGUCUACCCCCGACACAUGACACUCUGGUAUAGUAUA